AUGUCCGCGCCCUCUGCGGCGCCGGUCUAUUGCUUUUCCAUCCUGGCCGCGGCGGAGCCGGGGGUGAUGCCCCGGGUCCUGGAGCUCUUCGCCAAGCGCGGCCUGGUGCCGACCCGCUGGCACAGCGACGUGACGGGGCCGAAGGGCCGCGACCUUGCCAUCGACAUCCAGGUCGACGGCCUGGACGUGCAGACCGGCGACUACAUCGCGCGCUGCCUGCGCCAGGUUUUCGAGGUGGACACGGUACUGACCUCGCAAAAGCACGUGGGUCAGCAGUCUGUGGGCGCGCGCCUGCGGCAGCGAAAUGCGGACGGCGGGCAUGCCUUCUCGCCCUGCGAAGCGGACUACGACCACUUCACCCGCCCGUUCCAGGCCCCGGGCGCGGAGGAGGGCGUCGACCUGGUCGUCCACCUUGCGCCGAGGCGGAUCAUGAGAACUCUGUUCGUAGUCUGUGCGGUUGCACUCAUCGGAGCUGUGGGGGGCGCCGUUGGGGACGCGGUGGCCGACACCACCGACGUCAAGUGGCAAAACCGGGUGGUGGUCGACAAGCAGGGCGCGCACUGCGUCGACGACCCGAACUGCUUCAACCGCUACCACCCGGACAUCCCCGCGGUGGUCCGCGCCAACCCCGGUGACAUGAUCAUCUACCACACGCGCGAUGCGCUGGAUUCCGAUCUCACGCUCGACUCCAAUGCCGACGAUCUGGCCGCGCUGGACCUCAAUCUCGUCCAUCCCAUGACCGGACCGGUGCACAUCGAGGGCGCCGAGCGCGGCGACGUGAUCGCCGUCACCCUGGUCGACAUCGAACCGGACGAAUACGGCUACACCGUCAUCGUGCCCGGCUUCGGCUUCCUGCGCGACAUCUACACCGAGCCCUAUCUGGUGAACUGGAAACUGAGCCGCACCCACGCCGUCUCCGACCAGAUGCCCGGCAUCAAGGUGCCCUACGAGGCCUUCAUGGGAUCGGUCGGCGUGAUGCCCGGCCAGCCGGAGGUCGAGACCUGGCUGGAGCGCGAAAGGCUGCUCGCCGAGGCCGGCGGCGUCGCCCUGCCGCCGCAGCCCAUCGGGGCUCUGCCCUCGGCAGUCUGCGGACCCGAAGGCCCGGCGCGCGAUCAGUGCCUGCGCACCGUUCCGCCGCGCGAGAACGGCGGCAACAUGGACGUGCAGCAGAUGCAGGUCGGCACCACCCUGCUGCUGCCCUGCUUCGUCGAUGGCUGCGGGCUCUUCGUCGGCGAUGUGCACUUUGCCCAGGGCGACGGCGAGGUGUCCGGCACGGCGAUCGAAACCGGCGCCGUGGUGACGCUGACGGUGGACAUCCGCAAGGGCCAGGGCGCGGUCAUCACGGGGCCCGAAGUCGAAGGCGGCACGCAGAUCAAGGACAUCGAGCCCUCCAAGUUCUACCAGACCAUCGGCCUGCCGCUGAAGGCCGCGGGCGAGGUCCCGCCGCCGCACACCUAUCUGGACAGCGAGAAGAUCGCCAACCUCACCAACCUUUCCGAGGACCUGACGUUGGCGGCCCGCGACGCGCUGAUCAAGAUGAUCGCCUACAUUCAGCGCGAGCACGGCCUGACGGCGGAGCAGGCCUACAUCCUGGCCAGACGUCUUCGAAGAGUGAUCGCGAGCCGCACCCGCCGCAAAGCGCUCGGCCUCGGCCUGCGGGCCGCCGCCGGGGCGGCGGCGGCCGUGCUGCUGGCCGGCCACACGCCCUAUGGGCAGUGGGUGGUCUACCGCAAGAAGCACCUGCUGAUCGGCUGCCACAGGGCCGAUCCCACGACCUACGAUCUGGCCAAGCGGGUGGUGGGGCUGCUGGACGAACACCUUCCGGCGGCGAAGUCGCGGGUCGCGCGUGCGCCCAACGCCGGGCGCCUGGCCAGCCUGCUGGCGACGGCGCAGAUGGACGUGGCAACCCUGGGCCCGGACGACGCCACGGCCAUGCUGGCCGGCAGCAACGGCUUUGCCGCCUACGGGCCCGUCGCCCUUCGCCUGUUGCUGCCGCUGGAGGAGCGGCUUCUGGUCGCCCGGGCCGAGUUUCCCGAACGGCAUGCCUGGCUGGUGGCCUCCGCCCUGGUCGGAACGGAACUGGUCCCCGCCGGCCAGGGCGCCGACGACCUGGGCGUGCCGUGGCAUCCCGGCGCCCGCGCCUUCCUGGAAGGCCGUGACGGAGCGGUAAAGCGCAAGGGCCGCGGGAUUGUCGGCCACCACCUGCAGGCAGGCGGCCCCGGCCCCCGCAGUUACAGCCCAGUUCAGGACCGCGCCGACGGUCUGGCGGCCAAAGCCGCGCUGGCGCCAGCGGGAAUCGGUCACGACCGCUUCGACCACGGCCAGGCCGUCGUGCACUACGCCAUAGGCCAGGGCGACCACCGCCCCUUCGUGGCGGGUGGCGGCGAAGAUGCGCGGCAGCAUGAUGGUGCGGACCAUCGUUUCGAAGACCGCGCUGUCGGCCGUAUCGGCGGGGCUCAGGGCUGCGCGGGCCUGCAGCCAGUCGCCGUCGGCCUCCGCGGUCAGGCGCGUCGCCGCGCUUUGCGGCUGCGGCCAUGCGGAGAGGCCGUUGAAGAGGGUCAGGGUCUCGCCCUCCGCCGUGUAGCCGCCGGCGGCCAGCGGCCCGUCCAUCGCUGCCGCGAUGGAGGGGACGCGAAACAGCGCCGCUUGAUCGAGCGCGGCGUAGGUGGCUUCGGCAGCAGCCAGGAUCGCGGCCGGAUCGCGCGGGCCGCCGCGCAGAGGGUUCACCGAAUUGGUCCGCCGGGUGGAACCGCCGGCGGCGCGCAGCAGCCAGCCGCUCAAAAGCAUCUGCCGCGGCGAAGGAUGCCACCGUUGGGGGUCGAUGAGGACGGUCGGGCGAAAGAAACGCGACUGCGCGCCCUCCGCCAGUGCUUAGUGGCCGUGCCACUUGUACGCCAGCCACGUGACGUUUUGAGGCCCUUCGUCCAGCAGCUCUGGGCAUCGGAUCCUUCCGGCGCGCCCUCCGGCAGCGGUCGCGAGGCGGUGCUGCCCUCCGUGUCCACCCAGCUGGUCAUUCGUCUGGGAGAACAGCCGCUGCGGAUCUUCCGCCAUCGUGACGACCUCGAAGGAUACACCGUGAGUACGGCGGUGAUCGGCGGCCCCCGCCUGGCGCCCUACGUGAAAGACGUCUCCCGGCCCGUCCCGACAGUCGGGGCUGCGCUGCGGCCGGGCGCGGCCGGGCUUCUGAUCGGCGCGUCCGCCGGCACCUUCGUAGGCCGGCACCUGCCGCUGGAGGAUGUCUGGGGCGCGGCGCCGGUGGCCGCCCUGCGCGCGGCGCUGUGGGAGGCCGGAUCGGCGGCGCAGCGGCUCGCCAUCUUCGAAGCCGCCCUCGUUGCGCGGCUGCCGAAGGUUACGGGACUCGAUCCGCUGAUCGCCCAGGCGCUGGCCGGGUUUGACGCCGGGGCGCCGGUCGGCGCCGUUGCGGCGGCGAGCGGGUACAGCCAUCGGGCCUUUACCAAGCGCUUUGCGGAAGCCGUCGGGUUGAAGCCGAAGACCUAUGCCAGGCUGCUGCGCUUCGGGCGUGCCCUGGGGCCCCUGGCAGAGGGCGCCAACUCGGCGGCGGCGUCAUCCCUGGCGGAUCUGGCGGCCUGGCAGGGCUAUGCCGACCAGGCCCACUUCGCCCGCGAGUUCCGUCACUUCUCCGGUCUGACGCCCGGCGGCUAUCGCCGUCUGGCGUCCGAAAAUGGGAGGGACGUCAUCAUGGCGAUCCACGAACUCUUCGCUUACCUGCGCCCGAAGUCGGCGGGGGAGGCGAUCGAAUUCUACAAGACCGUCUUUGGCGCGACCGAGAAGUUCCGCCUCUCCGACCGGGACGGGCGCGUCGGCCAUGCGCAGCUUCUGCUCGGGGGGACGACCCUGAUGCUGUCUGACGCCUAUCCGGAGUUCGGCAUCCAUGCCCAGGAGCACGAUGAUGGUCCGAUCUCCUUCGUCAUCCACCUCCAUGUGGAUGAUGCCGACGCCUUGAUCGAGCGCGCCGUGGCGGCAGGCGCGCAACUGCUGCGUCCGCCGCAGGAUCACUUCUACGGCGAACGCUCCGGCACCGUGCGCGAUCCCUUCGGCUACGACUGGCUGAUCGGUCAUUCCAUCGAGACCCUCGAACCGGAAGAGAUCCAGCGCCGCUUCGAUGCCAUGUUCACGGGCCAGGACUGA